AUGAUGGCUAAGAUGGAUGCAUGGAUUCCACAUCGUGAGAGCAAGGCCACGAUGGGCUCGAUCAGUGGAGACGAGACCUCGAAGGAGAAGGAAGGAGAGAAAAGUACGACUGGGGUGACGAUCAGCGAGAGGAACGCGAUCGGACCUAAAGUUGGCGAUGGCAGCGACGGUCGUCGCCAUGACUUACGGGGGAGCUACGGCGGUAAGCCGUCCGCCGAUGGAGGUGGCAGCAGCAGCACUGGAGGGACUUUUCCCUCAAAACUCGCUAGGCUGGAGUUUCUUAAGUUUGUUAGAGAGGAUCCAGGAUCAUGGUUUCCUCAUGUGGAGCAGUUUUUUGAGUACUAG